AAAAAUAUUGUGGAUAGCAAGAAAUUUUUGUUUCGAAAACCCCCUCUGCAAAUAGAAGAGAUACAUACAAGAAAGUGAGGCCUCAAUUGCAAAAAAUCAAUUCUUUUUUUCAAAUUCCAGUAGGUUCUUUUUUCCUGUGCCAAAAAUGGCAGCGGCAGCUUCCACUUCAAUGGCGGCCACCGCCGUCUUGAUGCACCGCCUCCCGGCCGCAAAAACAACCGCCGUCUUCUGCCCUCUUCCCCAACGUCCUUCACUCUCCGCCGCUCCGUUCAAGCUGCUCAAAGAGUCGAGGAGGUCUUCGAAGAUUCUUGUCAAGGCCUCUUCGUCAGACGAGAGCCCUCUUGAUGCAAAUGAAUUGUUCACAGACCUAAAGGAAAAGUGGGAUGCCGUUGAAAACAAGUCUACUGUACUUCUUUACGGAGGUGGUGCAGUUGUUUCAGUGUGGUUAGCUUCCAUUGUUGUCGGUGCAAUCAACUCUGUCCCUGUGCUUCCAAAAAUCAUGGAGUUGGUUGGGCUUGGAUACACUGGUUGGUUUGUAUACCGAUACCUUCUUUUCAAGUCGAGUAGAAAAGAAUUGGCCACGGACAUAGAAGCGUUAAAGAAAAAGAUUGCUGGAACGGUUGAAUAAGCGCAUUCAUCCGACAUGCCAGAAAUACUUGUGCAUUUAUCUCGACUUCGGAUCAAUCUGACUUAUAUAUAUACAUAUAUAUUUUGUAUAUAUAUAUAUAUAAGAGGCGAUCUGUAUGCUUAUGUAGAGUAGGCCGUAUAUGUGUGUAUUUUUUUUUUCCGUUCAUCGUCAUGUUUUCGAAUAAUAAUACGUGCCGUAAUUUAUUCUAAACAGACUUUCGAGUUGGUUCUGUUUUGUGAAACUUCAUCUUGUUUAUAAGCCAUUUGCUAUGUAAACCUUUUUGUCUGGUUUCCAUCUAGAGAAAUACACCGUUGUUCCUUCUAU